UACCCUUUUGUCAAUUUCUUUCCAACUUCUUUUUCUUUUCCACACACCUAGUUGCCUAAGCUUUUAGGAUUAAAUAAAUAAAUAAACAAACAAACACAAUAAGAUCAGAGACACACAUUAUAUAUGUUGUAUAUAUAUAUAUAUAUGACAAAGCUCAUAUCUCAUCAAAUUCACCAAAGCUUCUCUAACAUGAAAAUGAAGGAAGAGACGUUGAUGGAAGAAAAACGUGUGAUUAAAGAGCUGGAGCAAGGAAAAGAGUUAGUGAGUCGGUUGAUGAACAAUUUGAAAAACCCUUCUUCUAAAGAAUCAAACAUGUUUUUGAUCUCUGGAAUCCUCCGUUCGUACGAAAACUCAAUAGUUAUGAUGAGUCUUGAUCAGAAAACUCUUAAGAGAAGCCCCGAGACCAAGAGGAUGGAUCCGAGUAACAACAAGAAGAGAAGAACCUCGGAGAAGAAGACGUCCGAGAAAGUUAAGAUUUGUGUUGGAAGAGAACAAGAAGGAACUUCUCAAUUUGAUGAUGGUUUUAGCUGGAGAAAAUAUGGUCAGAAAGAUAUUCACGGAUCCAAGAACCCUAGAGGAUAUUAUAGAUGUACACAUCGAUUCACACGAGGGUGUUUAGCAGUGAAGCAAGUACAAAAAUCAGAUGCAGAUCCUUCGUGUUACGAAGUCAAGUACUUAGAGAGUCACACAUGUAACGGCAAUUUCCUACUAUCAACCACCAAACACUCUGUUUCUUUGUCCAAAGAAGAAGAACGAAACAGAGUACCUAAGCUACAUCAUGUUAGAGAGCAAUCCGAAGAUACAAUCAAACAUAUGAAAUCUGAAGAAUUGAUGUUAAGUCUCGAUGACUUGGAAAACAAGAAUGAGAUUUUCAGAACGUUUUCAUUUUCAAAUCCCGAGACUGAGAAUACUACUGGCUGGAAAAUUCUUAUGGAGAAUUUUACUCCUACAACAACAACAGAAUCUGGAAUCACCAACGAGUUGAUAUAUGCGUCCUCUGCUUCUGUUGCAAAUUCACCGACCGAUGAUUCGUGUUUCUCUUCUUUGAAAAAUAUUCUCGAUUUAAGUUAUGAUUGGUCUUUGAUGUAAUCUAAGUAGCUCUGAUUUUGUAAUAGUAGAUUUCUUUGCUUCUUCCUCAAACCA